GGUAGGGAAGUUAUUAAUGUUCGCUCAAAAUGGCGGGGAUCCUGGAUACGACGUUGAAGGGGCUCAACAGUGACUCAUACUGUGAGAUCGGCGAGUACUGGGAACCACGCCUUAAGGGCAGCCGGUAUCUGCAGGAAAAGGCUCUGAGGAACUCUACCACACUGUAUGUGGGCAAUCUGUCUUUCUACACUACAGAGGAGCAAAUCCAUGAGCUCUUUUCCAAGUGUGGAGAUGUCAAGCGCAUCGUCAUGGGCCUUGACAAGGUGAAGAAAACCCCUUGUGGAUUCUGCUUUGUGGAAUACUACACAAGAGCAGAAGCUGAACAUUCUAUGCGGUUCAUCAAUGGAACCCGGCUGGACGACCGCAUAAUCCGAACAGACUGGGAUACUGGGUUCAAGGAAGGACGGCAGUACGGUCGUGGAAGGUCAGGUGGCCAGGUUCGGGAUGAAUACCGGACAGACUACGAUGUAGGAAGAGGUGGCUUUGGUAAGAUUGUUCAGAUGCAGAAGUCAAAUCAACAGACAGCGAUCUACUAGCAGCGGAUUGCGGUCAAGAGUAGGUGUAGAGGAAGACAGGAUUCUCCCAGGACUGUUGGGUGUGUGUUGCUAAUUAUGGCAGAACUAUCCCUGGACUCAUAGAGAGAGAGAAGGUGAUGGUUUAACGGCAUUUUUGGCAACCUGCAAUUCUAGCUACCCUUUGAGGACUCUGGCUAAUAUGGGUAAGUUCUCCCAGGGUUAUAUGCUCGUUCUGCAAUACCUGAGACAUAUGGCCAAGGAAUCCAAGUGCUGUCAGAAUCUCUGGCCUAGCUGGAUUAGGGCAGAAGAUAUAGUGGUCUAUGGAAUUUGAAUGGCUGUUUACUCUCUUUGCUUCUCCUGAGUAGUAACUUUAGUGCCAUAGUUUGUCUUUGUCUUGAAUCCUUUUUUUAAAAAAUCCUUUAAAAUAUGUAAAUAAAGUGCACAUCCUGUAACUUCUGCUGUAGCCUGUGAUGAUAUGGUGGGUAAAGAGAAUAAAGAAUGCUAGUUCUCUCA